CAUGGAGCGGCCGGUCGCCUAGGAUAGAUGGUCGAGCCAAAAAUACUUGAAACCUCCACAACCCUUGACCGUGAAACGACUGCGCUGGGGCGCUCGACCCAAUGCCCACUUUCACUUUGGCGCCAGGGGUGAACGCAGCUCGUACGGAGACAGCGCCGCAGCGAACGGGGAUGGUCCAAGCAGCAGUGGGCAGCCUCGAGGACGAGGUCGCCAACAACGUCGCCGCGAGCGAUGACAUCACGAUCGCUGAUGCGGAUUUGCCGACCGUCGUGGGCAGUUCGAGCCAAGUGUGGGCCAAGGACAAGGCGCCGCCGUUUUCGACCAAACAGUACGCCAUGUCUUUGGGCGGGUUCUUGUACCUGUUUGUGUCGCUCGCGUGUGGCGUGUGGUACUGCACGACGCUGCGCCCGAGUUUGGCCAACGAUCUGUGGUGGUCUGGCUACAACUUGACGGGCUACGAAGCGUUCAUUGUCGACUUGACCAACUCGAUGUUGAGCAGCUCGCAGAGCGGUCCGUUCGACUUGCAGGCGCCAGGGUCCGUCGUCGAGAAAAAGUACACGUCGAGCGUAUCCACGACGACGGUGUACCCGACAUACGUGCACCACUUGAUUUGGAACGAACUCACGCAAAUGGAGUACGCGAUCGCCAACCUCCGCAACCUCAGCGCGAGCUGGAGCAUGCGCGUGAAUACGCAGCACUGCUGGGUCGACUUUGACAAGAACUUUGAGAUGGCGCACACGGUCGAGCGCCAGGCGCGGUGCAAUACUCGCUACGUAACGAAUGCCGCCGUGUACAUGGAAGCCAUUCUCCGAAACGUUGUGUGGAAGGAAUACAUGGCCAAGUGGGGCGGGCCAAACUCGCAGUUCGACGUGGCCGUGCAGCAGGCUCUGGACGAGCGCGAAGCGGGGCGCCGAUGGCUCGACUCGACGUCCAAGGCGCGCGACAUGACGUCCCAGGCCAACGAGCUCGAGUACUGGAAAUCGUACCACCUGACCGAGUUCAAGCUCCAGUUUCAGAACCGGUGGCAAGCCGGGAUCACAGAGACCAUCGUGGUCAAGAACGCGCUGGGGAUGGCGCAAAAGGUCACGGUCAAGGACGUGAGCCGCGGCGCUGGCCCGUGGACGACGGUCGAGUUUUUUUGGAUCCCCCUCAACGACUUGUGGAUGUUCAAGGGGUACAAUCGGAGCGUCAUUCGCGGCUCGUCCAACUAUUACCUCCUCAACAUUUCAAGCGAUCGGCCACCGAUCGACGUGUCGGUCGACAUGGCCGUGGCUGACCCCGACGGCACGUAUCCUGGCGCGCAAGGCUUGGUGCGGUUUGGUUUGGGCCAGUUCUUUGCCAUCGACAUGUUUAUCCUGGCGCAGCCCGCCGCGCUGCUCACGUACUACCAUGCGUUCCAAACGUUCUUGUACAAGCAGCUCAAGGCCGACCCGGACACGUUUGUCAAGUACAAUGCGCUGGCGAAACUCAGCGUCGACCCGGUCCCGCCGACCUGGUCCUCGGCCGGCUACCGGUUCCAUGGAGGGAAUCCGCUCUGUCGGACGGGGGACCCCAAGCCGUUUGUCCAGCAGUCGUGGGACAUGGACGACGGCUGCAGCGCGCAGAAUCGGCUCGUCGUUCCGCUGGCCAAGAACGCGCUGCUCUUUGCGCUGGCGUCGCAGGACUACACGACGUUGCCCACUGCGUCGGUGUGUGCGCUGCAGUCGUCCGCAGAGUGCGCCGCGGCCAUCGACGCGGCAAAGGCAGUCCUGGCCAAACUUGGCACGUUUCCAGACGAGUUUGACCAACUCCGGACGGCGGCGGCGGCAUCCGUGGCCGCCUUGAACGUCGGGCUGAUGCAAUUUGCCUCGAUGACCAACGGAACGUGGAAACACUUGACGCAGCCCAUGUUGUCCGAGCCGGCAUGGAACGUCUACGGGUGGAUGUUUCUCUUCGACUGGGUCGAAGGCAAGCGCGAAGUCUUGUCUUUCGAGGGCGACGUGUCGACGUGGGUGCUCAUGUCCAACGCGUACGCUGGCGUCCCGUACUCGACAAGCGGCCGCGGGCUCGAGCAAGCCACGCAAAUUGUGUUUUACUUGGUCGCGGCCACGUCGGCCCUCGUGUGCUGGGUCGCGUUCCUGUGCACGUUGUACGGCAUCUUGAUACGGUUCCAGGUCCAUGGCCAGAAUUUGUUGCAGUUCAAUCGGGUCGCCGGCUCGGUCUGGAUCGGGCGCCCUCUGACCUUCCUCCGAGGUUUCACGGCCGUGAUUGUCCUGAGCACGUCCCAACUGAACCUCGUGCUCGUCAACGGGUACUCCAAGUUUGACUUUGCGCCGCGGCAUUGGCUCGCGACGCUCAUCAUUACGGGCGAAGCCACGUGGCUCACGUACGCCGCCAAUGACAUCUUGCUCCUCAUGGCGCAGGACACGACCGCGCUGUACGCGCCAGUGAGUUCGUGUUUCGUGUGGCUCAUCUACUUUAUUCUGGAACUGUCGUCGCCCGUCAUGCCAUCGGCCACCAUCAACCGCGAAUGCCAUGCCCAAGACGUCGACUACAACAUCUUUUGCAACUCGGGGGAACUCGAGAUCGGGAGCUUGCGUCGGGUCGGUGUCCUCUUGAUCAUUCAAGCCGUCGUCAUCGCCGCGACCUUUGUCGGCGGAUGGUUGUGCAAGUGGUCAUGCAAAAAGUGGGUGCGGUCGCCCGGCCAACGCAACCUGCUCGUGUCCGGGCCGGCCAACUGCUUCAUUCAGUCGUACACGGACGCGUCGUCGGGGAUGUGGACGGUGGACAAAGUGUCGGGUGUGCUCUGCGGCCUCGUUCCGUUUUCGUUUCGCGGGAAAAACUACACGUUUGAUCUGAAGCUGUGGAUCGUGCUCCAAGAUCCAGACGGCCCCACCGGUCGGUUCAAGGCGCUGCCAAACCCAGUGCUGAGCUUUGAAAAGGCCCAAAGUCGCCACAGCAUCCACGCGACGACCGCCGCGGUGGCCACGAAAGACGGCCCAUCCGACACCACCACGCGCGAGUUGACGUGGAAAGAUCGUGCUAGACUGUAUGCCACUCGAGUCGCGGGGAUUUGCACGGUCGCGGGGUCCGUUGCCGGCAGUGUCUCGUACUUGGAAGUGUCCAAAGUAAACUUGGCCAACGACGCGUGCUGGGCGUACUUUAACCUCACGGGGGGCCACGGGUUCAUCGGCAACUGGCUCAACGAGCAGCUCCUUCUCGGCCUCAACCACGAAGACGUGCUCUUUGACUCGACCUACAUCAACCAGCUCGGGUCGUUUGACAAACCGUCGGCGUACAUUGCGAGCUCGAUGAACUACGGGUCGUACAUGCAAUACAGCGAGGUCAACACGAUCGAGCACAACGUGCCGGGGCUGCGCCGAACGGACGCGUGCAAGGCGCCGUGGAUCUUUACGCAGUACUGCUACGUCGACUUUGACAAGACGUGGGAAAUGGCCAACAGUGCGGCGCGCCAAGCGCGGUGCCAAGCGUCGAUGGCGGCGAACGGCGCCGUGUAUUUGGACUCGAUCUUGCGUAACGUGGACUGGGACGCGUGGACGAGUUGCUGGGGCGAUGCGUUCGAGACGGCGUUUGCCGUCGAGCUGCGCAAGACUCUGGCGGGGAUAGCGUACUUGCAGUCGAUUGCGACGUCGCGAUUGUCCGUGGAAGACGAAAUCGCGUACUGGAAGGCCAAAGGCAUCACGAGCUACACGGUGCAGUGGCAAAACUACAAGCGCGUUGGGCUCAUCAACAAGUACACGCUGCAGAACGCGUACGGCGGCAAGUACCCGCUGACGCUGCAAGCGCAGAACGGCACGCUGCGCAUGGCCAAGCAAACCAUGUUCAAAAUGUACUGGUCGUUCGCCAACGACCUGGCGGCUAUCACACGACCCAACAGCGGCAUGACCGGCAAGAGCUUGAUCCGAUCGUCGGUUGACUUUGCAUUUGCCACGACCACGAUGGAGCAGGUACUCAUGGCGAACGAGUUGCUCAAGCCAACGUUGUCCGUGGGAUUCAACCUGACCAAGCAAAUCAUCGGGCCAUUCGGCAGCGUCGACUUGAUGUACGUCCCGGUGCCAGCAUCGGCCAAGGUAGCUGUCCGAGCCAUUCUCAAUGGACUGCGCACAGUCAUCGCACCUGCACCGAGCGCUGCCGAUGCCUCCACCGUCGCCGCCAUCAACGCGACGCAGAUUGCGUACGCAGCGAUUAAACCCGUGGACAUGCUAUCGCCGAUCCCUCCGCAAUGGCUUGCUGCGUACGCCACGUCGAACGGCGGGAACCCCCUGUGCGAAGAGAUGUCUGUGGCGAACGCGAUGUCGUCCAACAUGGCGCCGCUGCUGUCGUUCGACAACGAGUGCUCCAACACGGCGGUCGCGGUCAAGACAUUUCCAACCCGCGAGAGCAUGAUCACCGCCGUCAUCCUCGCUGGGCUCCCGACCAUGCCAACGUACAACGCGACGGACAUUUGCAGCAACGAUCCAGGGCACAUCAAGCAGUGCCCAGAAUUCAUCGACAAGAACGUGGCGUUUGUAAAACAGUUUAUGCCGCAAGCGCCGUCAUGGGCGCCGCUCGUCGCCACGGCCAAGGCCGACAUGGUCGCCCUCGACAUUCAACUGUUCCAAUACGCCAGGCAGACGUCGACCGCGCCCCUCCACGUCUUGCACGUCAAUAUCCUCGACCCGAUCAUGCCCACAUUUGAACCGUUUGCGUGGUCGUUCCUGUACGAGUGGUUCGUCGGCCACCGCACCGUCGUCCAACUCCACGGCGACGUCGGCAGCCUCACCGUUCUGUCGGACCUCGAGCCACCGUUGUAUCAGCAAGUCCAGCCGUGGGAGCUCCCGGCAAACUACGCCACGUACGCCCGCGGCGGCGUGCUGUACGUGACGUUCAUCAUGAUUGCUGUCGCGGUGUUUGUCCUCGUGUACAUUGUCGUCAGUCGCGGCCACUUUGAAGGGCUCAACAUGAUGGAACUGGCCCGUGUCGGCGGGAUUGUCUGGGUCGGGCGGCCGCUGUUGUUGCUCCGCAGUGCCACGGCCAUCGCGCUGCUGUCGACGGGCACACUGGAACUCCAGUUUGACGGCAUGUUUUCGUCCUUUCAAAGCGUCCAAAUGCCAUGGUACAAGACGUUGCUGGGGGCGAUGGAGCUCACCUGGCUCGUCUCGAUUGUAAACGACGUGUCGAUGGUCGUGACCCAAGAGUACACGACGUACUACGUCAUGGUCAACAGCCUCGUCGUGUGGAUCGUCGCGUCGGCCGUGACGGCGGCGCACCCCGUGACCCACACGGCCUCGUUCGACCGGGUCUGCCAAGUCGACGAUGUUGACUUUCAAGUUGUGUGCAGCUCAGGGCAGUUUAUGAUCGGGCAGUGGCAGCGCGCGCUGUUGCUCGUGGGCAUCGUGCUAGUGUCCAACUUUUCAACGUACUGGCUGGUCCGACUCGUGAUGCGGACAAAGCCAGUAUGCGACGCGAAUUCGCUCUUCUUGUCGUCGGGGGCCAAGUACUUGUUUAGCCACGACGCGCGCGUCCACAACCAAGUGUACUACCUGGACCGGGCGUCGGCCAUCAUGUGCGGCAUCGUCACGCUGCGCUGGCGCCGCACGAUCUUUGCGAUGGAUUUGAAAAUCUGGCGCAUCUUUGCCAUUGAGCUCCCGCACGCGUUCGACAUCCCACCCAACACACCGCUCGCGGCCGCUGCGUCCCAUGCAUUUCCGCUCACGGACUAGGCGCACGGUCGCUAUUCUAUCGUCGUCGUACAUAUAUACAUAUAGAUACAUAACAUGCAUGGACCUCCAAGCGGCCGAGGGUGCCGCCCUAGUGUCCCCGUCGCGACAGUGCUGAGGCUACCAAAGCGUCUGCAUGCACGACGGCGCAAACGUCCAGCCAAGUCACCAUAAGCGGCAGCAGUGGUUGUCUUGCUUCGAGGAUUCGCGACGUGGCCGGCAGCAACAGGGCAAUGUCUCGCGGGAUGACAGGGUAAUGGAUAGUCUUUGGCUUACCGCCCUCGGUCGUUCAUGUUCUCAUGGAUGUGCUCCAAGCAUGCGACAUCGCCUGCUUCAGUCGUUGCGCAACUAACGAGUCAUAU